ACAGGUGUGUGGGCGGGCCAUCAGUGAGGGCGGCCGGCCAGCGCCCUCUGCCUCAGCUGACUCUCACGUCAGUUGUUAAUGGCGUCUGCUGCUGCUCUCUCCUCCAGGCCCGAAGGUGAGCCUGGCCGCCGGGUGUGUGGCUCCGAAGGCACCAAUCAGUAUGAAAUGAGUGGGUUAUCGAGGAAACGUAGUCAUGCGGAGACACUGAUGUCAACCGUAGAUGAAAAGAAAGAGUAUAACCUCUCAUUAUUUACACCACCACUGAAGAAACCAACAAAAGGAGGGAAAAACCCAUCUGGCAGUAUGAAGCGCUCCCAUCAGCAAGCUUUCCCGGCACCACCUCGACCUGGGGCGAGGGAGAAGCUUGAUAUUACCCCAGAGUCUCUGGCCAAGCUUGAAAAGGAUAUGACAAUUUGUAAGCCAGCUCCAUUUUCGGAUGAUGAAGAAGCUGUGCGAGACAGAGAUGCCUGCAACUAUGAUCAAAAAAUCACUUUGGAAAUGGCAAGAGCAGGAACCGCUCCUCGAUCCAUCAGGAUGUAUGCAGAUGGCAUUUACGAUCUCUUCCACCAAGGGCAUGCUCGACAACUCAUGCAAGCAAAAAAUUUAUUCCCUAAUGUCUACUUAAUUGUGGGAGUAAAUAGUGAUGCAAUGACUCAUCGGCGCAAAGGACGGACAGUCAUGACGGAAGAUGAACGCUACGAAGCUGUCCGACAUUGUCGAUAUGUUGAUGAAGUUUUGCCAAAUGCUCCAUGGAGUCUAGAUGAUGAAUUUUUGGAAAAGUAUAAAAUUGAUUUUGUAGCACAUGAUGAUAUACCAUACACAACUGGUAGUGAAACUGAUGUCUAUGAGCAUAUCAAGGCUCGAGGAAUGUUUGUUUCAACAGAGCGUACAGAGGGAGUGUCUACCAGUGAUGUCGUUUCACGCAUAGUUAAAGACUACGAUGUAUACGUUAGAAGAAACUUGGCUCGUGGAUACAGUGCAAAGGAUCUUAAUGUUUCUUAUAUAAAUGAAAAGAAAUAUAGGCUUCAGAAUAAGCUAGAUGACCUUAAAAAGAAGGGAAAAGAAAUGAUUGAAGAUAUAGAAGGCAAACGCACUGAUCUCAUUUCGAAGUGGGAAGAGAAAAGCCGAGAAUUUAUUGACACUUUCCUCAUGUUGUUUGGUCGUGACGGGCGUCUAACUCAGUACCUGACAGAAAAAAAGGACUCGGUCAUGAGUGCGUUGUCUCCCCCUUCAUCUCCCAAAGCCAUUAGUCACUCCUCGGAGGAGUGUAAUAGUCCUCCUGCAAAAACCUCCAAGUUUGAUUUCUCAAGUCGGGCCGGUGCUUCAUUAGUUGACGAUGACUACUCAGACGACGAUUUAGAGCCAGGGGCCGAGUCAGAACACACUGCUCCUGAUGCCUGAAACAACCAGCAUGGCUUGGACUCUGCUAUUGGUUGAGAUCAAGAACUCAAAUAACCAGGAGCAAUGUUUUAAAAGAAGCAGUUGAAUGAUGCGCUAGUGUUAUACUUUAUAUAUUAGCCUUCAUACUUGCACUCUUCUCAAAUUUGUAAGAAGGAAGUAUUUCAAUGCCGGGGUGUGCACGAUCCAGUGUCGAGAUUCACUUCCUUGUAAAAUUUAAGCAAGUUUUAAUUUUUUAUAAAUAUAUAUAUAAUUAGCCCUUUUUUUAGUACUGUACUGAUAAUUCUUAUGUUUCCAACUAGUACUUUGAGCAAUGAAUGCCUUUAAUGUUUGUAAACGAAUAAGGAAAUUCAUUUUCCUGUAGAGGCACAGUUAGCAUUUUUGUUUUAAUUUUUUAAUAAAUGCACCAUAUAUAUAUAUAUAUAUAUAUAUAUAUAUAUAUAUAUAUAUAUAUAUAAAUUACCGGUAUGUGUGUGUUGAACUGUUAACAAAUAUACAUUUGCUAGGUAGCACAUUACAAACUGUGAUUGCAAUGGGGACUAAAAUGCAGAAACUUGUAUCAUGUUUGCAAACACUAUUUUCUCAGCGAUUGUAAGGAAUAAAACAAAAAUAGUCUCCA